AGUUAAUAAAAGUUUAAAAAGAAAACAAUUCAACCUGAUAGAAAACAUUAUCAAUGGUAAAUAAAUGAUAUGUAGACUUUUUUUAUUAACAAAUAUGUUAAGUUAAUAUAACAGAACUUGCUUCUGAUAUUAUUAAUGAAGAGAUAAAUAAAAACAUAACCAAAACGAGUUUAUUUUCAUUUUAAAUUAUUUAAUUAAUUCAAAAUUGAAUUAUUUAGAUUCUUAGCUUACUUAAAUCAAUGACAACUCGUCUAUAUGGUCAAUUGUUACAACCAUUUUAUAGUAUUGAUUUAAAAAUGACAAAACCUGAUGGACUAAAAUCUAACCAAUGGAUUAAAUCUGAAUCCUCGAAACCAAAACAAUCUAAAGAAUAUGCUAGAGUAGUUUGGACAACAAUGUUAAUAAAAAUGAUUGCUCAUGAAAAAGAUGCCGAUAAAGCAAAUAUUGUUUUAACUAUCGAUAAUCAACGUGUAGUUUACAAGCUCUCUUUGAUGACAUUAUUUACUUGGGCAUUGAGUCGUUUAUUAAUAUCUGAUGAAGAAUUUGAUUAUAUAUUUCAAAUGUAUUUAUCAUUAUUAAUUGAUAAACAAUUAAAUUUUACAUUUAAAAUAUGUUUAUUUGAUUUAUUACUAUUCGUCGCUUCACUUUAUACAGAUGAUAAUCUAUCUGAAGAAAAACAUAAAAAAAUGCUAUUAAAAAUAGGUUCAACUAUCGAUGGAAAACAAUUAACAAAAUAUGUUAUAGCUCGAGCUCGUGCACAAUUUAUUGAUGAAAAAAUAAUUAAAUCAACGAAAAUGAUGUUAACGAAUGUAACAACAGUAGAAAAAGAAAUUAAAAUGAAUUUAAUUCAUUCAUUAUCAAUGAGUUGA